CCCCUUCGACAUGCCAAUCGGAUGGUUUCAAACGGUCCCCUCAACAUCGCAGGGCUCGCCAUGGCAUCUUCCAUCCCCCGCCUCCCCCACGCCGCAUAAGACGGGCUGCCCUGUCCUCGUCCAAUCUCGCCUUCCACCAGCCUUUUCCUGUCGCGCCAUCCCUCCUCCCCUACGAUCCUGCCGCCGCUAUGCCCUGUGGUGCCGCCAACACUUGCCAGGGCUGCUCCUGUGCCACCACCACCACCACCAACAACAACGAGGGUCCACCCCCUGUCGUCAACAUCGAGGACUGCCUCAAAGAACUCGAAUUGCUCCGUCAGCGGAACGGCGAGCUGGAGCGCACCUUGGCCGCCCGCACAGAACCCCCGCCCCAGGCCCCCAUCGGUCCCCCUCCCCCCCCUCGCCGACCGCUGCGCUCGUCCAAAUGGUUCAACUGCCGUGAUGAUCCCGGCAUGACGGCCAUCUACAUGGAGCGCUACUUCAACUUCGGCAUCACCCGCGAGGAGCUGAUGGCCGGUAAGCCCAUCAUCGGCAUCGCCCAGUCGGGCUCGGACCUGGCCCCCUGCAACCGACACCACCUGGAACUGGCCAAGCGCGUCCGCGAGGGCAUUCGCAGCGCGGGGGCCAUCGCCAUCGAGUUCCCCACCCAUCCCAUCCAGGAGACCUCCCGGCGCCCGACGGCGACGCUGGAUCGCAACCUGGCCUACCUGUCGCUGGUGGAGAUCCUCACGGGGUACUUCCUCGAUGGCGUGGUCCUACUGACAGGCUGUGACAAGACGACACCCGCUUGCCUCAUGGCUGCGGCCACGGUGAACAUCCCGGCCAUCUGCAUGAACGUGGGCCCGAUGCUGAACGGGUAUUCCCGGACCCAGCUCACGGGGGCGGGGUCCGUCCUCUGGAAGGGCCGGGAGAGGUACGCGUCCGGGGAGAUCGACGAGAAUGAGUUUAUGGACUACAUCGCACGGGGGACCCCCUCGGUCGGGCAUUGCAACACCAUGGGCACCGCAUCCACCAUGAACGCGCUGGCCGAGGCUCUGGGCAUGGCCCUCCCGGGCUCCGCGGCCAUCCCGGCGCCCUACCGGGAGCGCGGGCAGUGCGCCUACGAGACGGGCUGUCGCAUCGUGGAAAUGGUCGAGGCCGACCGGAAGCCGAGCGACCUGAUGACCCGCGAGGCCUUCGAGAAUGCCAUCGUGGUCAACGCCGCCAUCGGCGGCAGCACCAACGCCCCCAUCCACCUCAACGCGAUCGCCCAGCACAUGGGGGUGGCGGUGACCAUGGACGAUUGGGACCGCCUCGGCUCCGAGAUCCCCCUGCUGCUGAACAUGCAGCCGUCCGGGGAGUACCUGGGGGAGGAGUAUCAUCGCGCGGGCGGCCUGCCCGCGAUCCUGGCCGAGCUGCUCGACGCCGGCAAGAUCCACGCGCACCCGCUGACGUGCAACGGUCGGACGCUGGGGGAGAACAUCCGCGGCCGGCACUCGUGGGACCGGCGGGUGAUCCGUCCCUUCGACGACCCGCUGAUGGCCCACGCCGGCUUCAUCCACCUCUCCGGCACGCUCUUCGACUCGGCGAUCAUGAAGAUCUGCGCGGUCUCGCCGGCCUUCCGCCAGCGAUACCUGUCCGACCCGGCCGACCCGGACGCCUUCGAGGGCGCCGUGGCCGUGUUCGACGGGCCCGAGGACUACCACCGGCGGCUGGAGCACCAGGCCCAGAUCGACGAGCGGACGAUCCUCGUCAUGCGCGGCGUGGGCCCGCGCGGGUACCCGGGGGCGGCGGAGGUGGUCAACAUGCACCCGCCCAGCCGGCUGUUGAAGCAGGGCAUCGACGCGCUGUUCUGCAUCGGGGACGGGCGGCAGUCGGGCACGUCGGCUUGCCCCUCGAUCCUCAACGCCACCCCGGAGGCGGCCGUGGGCGGGAACCUGGCCCUCCUGCGGGACGGGGAUCGACUGCGCAUCGACCUGGGCCGGCGGCGCGUGGACCUGCUGGUGGCCGCGGAGGAGGUGCUGCGGCGUCGGCAGGCGCUGGAGGCGCAGGGCGGAUACCCGAUCGUGGCCAGCGGGACGCCGUGGCAGGAGAUCUACCGGCAGGAGACCGACCAGCUGGGGAACGGCAUGGUGUUGCGGCGGGCUGUCAAGUACCAGCAGCUUGCGCAGCGGGGGGAUGGGCCACGGCAUAACCAUUGA